GAGAUUCGAGAGAAGAUGCAGCUAACCCGGUUAUCUCUGUAAUCCAGUUGCUAUCUUAGCCGGUCAAUGGAUGUGUCAGUCCGGUUAAUGUAAGCAGUUUUAUACAGUUCAUCAGUGUUAUCUGACUUGCGUUGUCGGUUAUUGUAAGCGAUCAGUCGACGAAUGUCGCUAGGUAGUAUAGCUAGUUUUGGUUUGUUAGCAGAAACCGGAAUUGCCUGUUAGCCCACUGGCUGGCAAGCAAUCACCGUUCACGCUAGUUUUGUUGUUUUGUGAAGUUUUCUUUGAAUAACUAGCAUUCACAAUCGCUAACUAACGUGUCAGCGCGGAGUCGAAAGUAGUCUUUAGCGGCUUAUCUGGCUUGAAAAUAUAGGAUGCGACAACUACUGAACAACACAGACAGGUGUCUGUCAGAAAGUCUGCGUCUUACUGAUGGUGAUGGGAGCCGACAGUGGUCCCGGCGCUCCCUCCGCGGUUCCCUGGAGGAAGGUGUUGUAUGAGCGUCAGCCAUUCCCAGACAACUACGUGGACCGUCGCUUCCUUGAGGAGCUCCGGCGCAAUGUACGCGUGCGGCAUUACCGCUACUGGGGCGUGGUGCGCGAAGCAGGACUGGUGGCCCAGCAGCUGUCCUGUGUUGCCGCGUUCCUCACGCUGUGGUGGUACAUGGAAGAAGGCCAGCUUCCCCCCUCCACGCUCCUGAUGGCUGGCCUGCUAUGUGCGCUGCUGGGUUACGGACUCUACGAGGCUCUGGGCGCAUCAAGAGCUGGCGGGCGCACGCGGUUAGCAGACCUUCAAAGUGCUGCCAUCUUCCUCGCUUUCACAUUUGGCUUCUCUCCCGUCCUGAAGACGCUGACAGAGUCGGUGAGCACGGACACGGUGUACGCAAUGUCUGCCAUGAUGCUCCUGGCGCACCUGGUGUCCUUCCCCUAUGCCCAGCCCAGCCCCCCGGGUAGCCUGUCCCUCAAUGCGGCCCUGUUCGCUUCAGUAUGCCUGGCCUCGCGGCUGCCAGGGGCGCUCCACACCUUUGCGAUGCUGACUUGUGCCCUGCUGGUGUUUGCACUUUGGCCCUGCCUGCUGCACCGGUUGCGGGACAGGGCUCCGUGGGGCUUCCAAUGGGCAGCGGCCCUGGUGUCACUGGGGAGCGUGGCUGGCUUGGCCAGCCUCUCCCCAGGAGGAGCCCUGCUGUUGGCCGUGGCACUGCUGACCCUCACACUGCUGUGCCCUUUGCUUCUGGUGCGCUUGCAGCGACACAAGGACAAUAUCCACGGGCCCUGGGAUGAGGCCGAGAUCCACGAGGACCUGUCCCGCUUCCUGCAGUGAGACGCAGAAACGGUGGUCCCUGCUGUGGGGACAUCCCUGACGUUUCACUUGAGCCUCGUGGACAAUGAGGCACUGAGAUGGGGACAUCCCUGAUGUUUUACCUGUUAGGCACUGAGACUUGACAAGCCCUGUGAGGUUCAAAGAGCACUCUCCCCCUGUUCACAUUAAUAUGGCCUCAGUAAGUCUUAACACUGUGGGCAAUUGAUGUUUAUAUUCAGAAAUAUUCAGGAGCCUCUGUGGAAAUAAACACAUUCAGUUCGAGUCCACAGAACCUUAAAAACAACUGAACUCCUGAAAACCGAGUAAAUAGUAAAUCAGACACUUUUGGAACACUACGAAUACAAAGUGUGUUUUUCAAGGGUAAAAGAUAAGACAGUGUUUUGCUUAACUAA